CCGACCAGCCGCGUUGGACAUUGCUAUGGGCGGAAAUUCGCGCGACGGUGAGCCGUCCUGGCAAACUAGUGCUCAUACCUCGGAUGAGUUGGUGGGGUCGCUGACAAGGAUGGCUGACUCGAGACGCUGUGCCGCAGUGUCAUGGCCAUGUGCGCGUUGUUAGCAGGGUUAGCCGGGUUAGCAGGCAGUUAUCUGUCGGGCAGGCCGCCCAGACACCCUGGAGGACCGAGCACCAGCAUCGGGCGCACUCAAAAAGCACCACAGAACGUAAAACUACUAGCUCAUUCAGCCAGCCAGCCAGCCAGUGAGCAGCCUUGGCGGGUCAGCAGGAAUUUGGAUUGUAUGAAGGAAGCGCUGGUGCGGGGGGAUUCUGUUCUAGAUGGAGACCGAUCUGCUCACUGAUUGGACCAGCAGUGCAGCCCUAGUGCUCGUGCUCCAGCGUGACUGUCUGCAACUUUAUUUAGCUACGGCGCGUCGCGAGUGAGUGAGUGAGU